GUCACCGGAUUGUUUCGCGUGAAGGUUUAUUUCUCGAAACGCAACGUGAGUAGGCUAAUCAACUAGUCAUCGUACUGAACGGGCUUUCCUGUCACCACCGGGGUGGAAUUGUGAAACCUUCGCUUAUUGUGGCCCGAAUUCUAUAUUGGAAUAUUUUUGAACAGAAACCGUUUCUUGGGAAAUGUCCUAGUCUUCACAGAUAAUGCCAACGGGACCAUUUAAACCUUAACUAAUCAGAUGAUGAAGAUUCCGUCUCCCUGCGUCAAUGACGGCUAAAAUGGAUACCCCUUUCUACCACGACGAAGCCCCAGGCAUUCCUCACAAUUUCGGACAACACCAUGCAGAUUACCAACGUUACCAGGGCCACAAGAUGAUGAGUAAGAAGGUGGCACAUAACUUCUCAGGCGGUUCCCACAGCAGCUCUGGCCUGAAACUGUUACAAAGCCAGCCGGGGAGCAACUGCAAUAUCAAUCCUAAUAAUCUGGGAGGGAUUAACAGCAACACAAACAGCUCGUUAAUGCCCGGCGGCUUGUCAGAUAUGAACCUUCUGAAGCUAGCCUCCCCUGACCUCGAGCACCUCAUCAUCCAGUCUAACCAGGGCCUGGUGACGACAUCUCCUGUCCCCAACCCUAACGGAGGUAACCCCUUCAUGUACCGGAACAACGCCACUAACGAACAGGAGGGUUUUGCCGAUGGGUUCGUCAAAGCCCUGGCGGAUCUGCAUAAACAGAACCAGCUGGUUGGAGCUCCCGUGUCCCCUUCCUCCUCUAUGCAAGGACCCUACCAGAGGAGUAUCAUGUCUGCAGGAGAUCUGCCCAUCUAUACCAACCUCAGCAGCUACAACCCGAACCACCCCAGCCAUAUAUCAUCAUCCUACCCAGGGGGACAGAUGCCCGACAGCUACCCAGGCCACGGCCCCCACAGACUUGGAGGCCAGGGACCCCACCAUCCCCACAACAGGGGGUUUGAUGCCCCUCAGACUGUCCCAGAGGUCCCUCAUCCUCCCGGGGACACCACCUCCUCCCCUCCCUCGCUCUCUCCCAUCGACCUGGAGACCCAGGAGAGGAUCAAGGCCGAGAGAAAGAAACUACGUAACCGGAUCGCGGCGUCUAAGUGUCGUAAAAGGAAGCUGGAGCGGAUCUCCAGGCUAGAGGAGAAGGUGAAGGUUCUGAAGACCCAGAACUGUGACCUGACCUCCACCGCCUCGGUACUGAGGGAACAGGUGGCCCAGCUCAAACAGAAAGUCAUGAAUCACGUCACCAACGGCUGCCAGAUAGCAGUGAGUUCAGCCACCCUGCAGGCCAACAGCACCCGGGAGAGGGACAGCACCAACUGUUGAUCAACGGACUGUACUGUACAGGGAUGAGAAGUGUAUUUUUUUCUGUUGCUCUGAGUCAGUCCUCUAUAAAGGAGGUAGUACCUCUACUGUACAGGGAUGAGGAGUGUUGUGAUGGUAAGU